AUGGCCAUCAAGAAGCCUUCGCGGGCCUCUAUAAGGUCAUUCUUUGGUUUCUUACACCUCCUCUUCUACGCGGACCCAACAUGGCUCGACAAGAUACUCGUUGUUGUUGGCGCCAUAGCAGCCAUUGCGGCCGGCGUCCCCUUUCCACUCAUUGGCAUCGUCUUUGGGCAAUUGGUUGAUGAGAUCAAUGUAGCAAACUGUAACAACAGGGUUGGCGUCUCCAAUGGAUCUGACCUAGCCCAAAUUAAACCCAAGAUUCUACUACUCGUCUACAUUGCCAUUGGCAAUUUCGCCUGCCUAUACAUACACCUAGUAUGCUGGAACUUGGCAUCACAACGACUAGCGCAGCGCAUCCGAGACCGCUAUCUACGGAACCUGCUUCGCCAGGAUAUGGCCUUUUUCGACAAUCUUCAAGCCGGAGAAGUGUCUUCCCGUCUCAACGGUGACAUCCAAGCGAUUGAGAGCGGAACUGGCGCAAAGGUUGGCGUUGCCUUGACCUGCGCCUCGUUUUGUGUAACGGCAUACAUUGUCGGAUUCAUCAAGAAUGCCGAACUUGCAGGCAUGCUCGUCUCGUUGAUUCCCGCAUUCUUGCUCAUGGCAACAAUUGGCAGUCACUUUGUUGGCAAAUACAGCGCCAAGGUGGGACAUUGCUUUGGAUCCGCCAGUGCCAUUGCAUCUGAAGCUCUCAGUCAUGUUGGCCUUGUGCACGCUCUCGGAGCUAAUGCUAGACUUGAAGCCAAGUUUGAGGGACACCUGGAAAAGGCCCGCGGGUACGGUAUCAAAAAGGCCACGGCUGCUGCUGUACAAGCGGGACUGCUCUACUUUAUUGCCUUUUCCGCCAGUUCCUUGGGAUACUGGCAAGGUAGUCGCCGAGUUGCCGACUCUCUAGAGGGCAAGGGUAACGCCACGAUUGGUCAAAUCUAUACCGUCACGUUCAUUCUUCUAGAUGGUGCCAUUGUCCUCAGUCAAAUUGCACCAAUGCUGCCACUCUUUGGAGGAGCCGUCUCUGCCUUUGAGCGGUUGCGCAAAGAUAUUGAAACUCAGCCCACCAUUGACAACACUCGCACAUCUGCCGAAAAGCCCACCAGUGUGAGUGGAGCCAUCGAGUUUCGCAAUGUCGCCUUCACAUAUUCUUCAAGACCAGACCAUCCAGUCUUGAAUAAUAUAUCUCUCAAGUGCGAGGCAGGGCAACUAACUGCCAUUGUUGGCUUAUCUGGAAGCGGCAAGUCAACCGUCGCAAGCCUCAUUAGCCGAUUCUACGACCCACAAUCUGGCGACGUUCUUCUAGAUGGUAAGAAUGUCAAGGAUAUCAACGUCAAGAGUCUCCGUGGUUUCAUUAGUCUUGUACAGCAAGAGCCAUCACUCCUGGACCGAUCCAUUUUGGAGAAUAUUGCUCUCGGUCUCGUCAACUCUCCACCCCAUGCGCAUUUGGAACAGACUUUGCUUUCUGGCAUUCUUGCUCGUGUGGCCGAGGACGUUCGCAACGGCCAGGAACUCACUCAAGCAGCCGCCAAAGCUGGUGCCGAGGUGGUGGAAAUCGUCCAACUGGUACAGCAUGCUGCCAACCUCGCCGAUGUUGCCGUAUUCAUCGAUCGCCUUGAGUUUGGCUUUGCGACCGCUGUAGGCUCAAGCGGCAGUCUUGUCAGUGGUGGACAAAAGCAACGUAUCGCCCUCGCACGAGCUCUUGUCCGCGACCCUAGGAUCCUCAUUCUCGACGAGGCUACUGCUGCCCUCGACUCUGCAAGUGAACAGCGCAUUCAAGCAGCCAUUGAACGUGCCUCUCGGGGUCGAACAGUCGUUUCCAUUGCUCAUCGAUUGUCAACCAUUAGGGCUGCAGCCAAGAUCGUCGUGAUGAAAAAGGGCGACAUUAUCGAACAGGGUACCCACAAUGAGCUGAUGAACUUGAACGGAUCGUACGCCGACAUGGUUCGCCUGCAAACCGUAAAGACGGAUGAUACCGUAUCUAGUUCCCGGACCAGUCUAGAAUCGCAGGAUGCCGACACGAUAUCCGGUGAGAAGCAGCAUCUCAAGGCAUCCGAGGCUGACGUUCCAUCAACACCUGAACCUGCCGAGCCAAUCAAGGGCGUAGUCGUUGCAGGCUCUAUCCGCAAGACCAUGCUUCCCCUAACGCGACCCUAUCUACUGCUUGUUGUAUUGGCCUUGUUCGCCGCCUUGAUCGUUGGCGGUCAGUACUGCGCGUCUGGUCUUUUGUUUGGAAACGUCAUGGGCACAAUGUCGCCUUGCAAUUCCCCUGACUACAUCAGAUCAAAGGGAGAGUUACUCUCCGGACUAUGGUUCAUGGUUGCUUGCGUCGCCUUUCUCGCCAACUUUACCAGCUGGGCGGUGUUUGGCCUCAUAUCCGAGCGACUGAUCUUCCGGGUCCGCAACAUGUCACUAUCUACGCUUUUGCGACAGCCGUUGCAAUGGCACGAGUCGGAAUCGAGGAGUCCAUCUAUGUUGCUAGAGUACAUUACCAAGGACGGCAACGCGCUAGCCGGAUUCAGCGGCUCCAUCAUCGGUACCCUCUUUGCUGUCGUGGUCAACUUCUGCGCAGCCAUCAUCCUUUCCCACAUCAUUGCAUGGAGGAUUGCUAUUGUGUGCCUUGUUGUGGUCCCGAUCCUUCUGGGUGCUGGCUACAUGCAGCUACGCGCCAUCGGACGUUUUGCCGUCAAGCACGCUGGGGCCUUUACCUCGUCGAUCGGGGUGACGAUUGAAGCCGUCUCAAACAUCAAGACUGUCCACGCGCUCUCUAUUGAGGACGAAAUUGUGCAGACAUAUCGGAGGUCGCUCAAGGCUCCGCGCAAGGAAAUGGUACGACAAAGCUUCAAAACCAAUGUAUGGCUAGCAGUUGCCAAUUCAUGCGGUAGCUUCAUCUAUGCUUUUGCGUACUGGUGGGGAUCCAAGAAUAUUGUAGAAGGAAGGUACACCACGACGGACUUCUUCAUCAUCCUCAUUGCCAUGCUCAUUUCUGCGCAACUAUGGGGCCAGCUCUUCACUCUUGCUCCCGAGAUUGAAAAGGCCAAUAGUGCAAUCUCUCGCAUUUGCGGGUUGAUUGAGCUAGGUCAAGAUACGUCUGGACCUAAAAAUUCCAACGAAAAAGGCGAUGUCGAGGCCAUGGCGGAUUCGCCGCUACCGGCAUCGACGCAUGGCGGAGCGCGCAUUGUUUUCCGGGACGUGGGCUUCUCAUACCCUGCCCGCCCUGGCGUUCCUGUCCUCAUAUCUCUAUCGCUAAACAUACAGCCUGGUCAAUUCUGCGCCCUCGUUGGACCUUCAGGUGCCGGCAAGAGUACCGUUCUGGCUCUCUUGGAGAGGUUCUAUACGCCCUCAUCUGGAAGCAUCACGAUCAACGGGUUCGACAUUGCGCGUCAUCACGGCACAUCAUUCCGCGACGAUAUUGCCUAUGUGCCGCAAGAGAACGUGCUUUUCCAAGGAAGUAUCAAGUUCAACAUUGGAUUAGGAGCACGGCCUGGACACACACCUUCGGAUGAGGAAAUUCAAGAAGCUUGCAAGCUGGCCAAUAUUCAUGAAACCAUCAUGGAGCUUCCACAAGGCUACGAUACCGAAUGCGGUUCCAGUGGCAACCAGCUUUCCGGUGGACAACGUCAGCGCUUAUCGAUCGCCCGAGCUCUUGUGCGUAAACCAAAGUUGCUAUUAUUGGACGAGAGCACUAGCGCACUUGAUGCAGAGAGCGAAAAGGCCCUAGAGCUUGGCCUCGAACGUGCGGUCAAGGGCCACGGCGUCACAGUCAUUGCUAUUGCGCAUCGUCUGAGGACGAUUGCAAGAGCCGAUAUCAUUUUCCUGGUGGAAGCAGGUCAGGUGGUGGAUCAAGGACGACACGACGAACUAGUACAACGCAGCGAGAGUUAUCGCGUCAAUGCUCUUCACCAGAUGCUGGGUUGA